GCGGUUGGCUUACAGAAACACAAGCAUUCUUCAUUGUGCUGAACAUCAGCCGGGACGGGGGGGGGGGGGGGAGAAGAGGCGUCAGAAACAAGGAAGGAUACCCCGGGGUCGAGGGGCCGAACCGAAAACAAGAUGUGAACCCGCCCCAGAAGAUGGUGCAGCACUGAAAGGGGAGCCCCCGUUCCUCCUCCAGGGAAAGAACCAUCUUCUCCUGGGGAUUUAUCCCAAGGAGAGCCAUUGAAUUGAAUUACUGGCCGGCAGGUGCCAAGAUGAAGCCCUGGGAGCAGGCCCCGAGAUGCAGCCAUGGCCUCUAAAAGAGUCCGUUCUUCGCUCAGACCUGGACUGAAGGUGCUUCUAGAGUCUGCUGGAACCAUGGCCAGUCAUCAGUCUCGCUAGGGGGACCCCAAAUAAGGAAGAAGGUGCCCUAGGAGAAGAACACUUGGACUGAAUGGCACUCAGAUGAUUCUCUGUUGGGCCCAAGUUCUGGAGAGGGGUGAUACAGGCGGCGAUUUCUUUUCUUUUUAAAAAAGCAAUAAGCCCGGUUUCCAUAAGGAUUCCAGCACCAGGUACCACCAUCACCACUCCCAAAAGGAAUGGCUCUGAUUCAAAAGCUGGGGUUGGUCCACUCUUGUUUCUUCUGCAACCCUGGGUGGAUGUGACUCUUAAAAAAAGAAGGAAAGAAAGGGAAACAUCUGAUGUAUCCUCAUGACAACCUGUGAGGAUGCGUCCAGUCCAAAAGUCCUUGUGUGUGCUGAUGGUGCUGACGGCAUCCCUGGCUUUUCUCUACCUUCACGUGUGGUCACCAAAGCCCUCCAAUACAGUGGACCUGCGAUAUCGGUCUGACCGAAUGCCCGAGCAACUGCUGAAUGACCACCUCUUGGUGUCUGACAAGAAAUAUGCGCACGUUGCUUUCCAGAUCAAGGAAGAGAUCCUGGAACUCCUUCCUAAGAAUUCCUGCAAAUGUGUGGUGGAACCUAGUAUGAACCUCCCCUUCCAGAAGCAGCUCUUCGGCAGUGUCUAUUCUCGGGAAUUUGCAAGCGCCUUCAAGCCUUCCGAACUGCCAGAUAUCAACAUCAAGCGAGAACAGGAGUACCGCAGUUAUCGGCAGAGGUCCCAGUCCCCAGCUGACCAGCUCUUCAUAGUCCGAGCCAACUCGCCGCUGGAAUAUCCGGCCCAGGGGGUGGAAGUUCGGCCCUUGCAGACUAUUCUCAUCCCAGGCCUGAGCUUACAGGCAGCUGAAAGGACACUGUACCGGGUCAACCUGACCGCUACAAUGGGCACCUUUGAUGUGGUUGCAGAAGUAGAAGGUGUCAAGGUGGAAGGGGAGGGAGGAAUGCACCUCACCCUGUCAGGAUCCCAGCUGGACAACCUCAACCGGCAAAUGCAGUUUGUCACCUACACCAACACGCUCUUCCAUCCCAACACCGCUGAUACAGUGCAGUUUUCUACUGAUGAGCAUCAUGCAUCUUUCAUCAUUCGCAUACGCCAUGCGCCCACCCCCAGGCUCUACAACCCAGGAUCCCCCAGCGGAGGGGCCAGUGGAGCAGAAUAUGACAUCAGUGCCCUGGUCACCAUAGCAACCAAGACCUUCUUGCGCUAUGACAAGCUGCGAGAGUUGAUCAACAGCAUCCGCAAGUUUUACCCUACAGUGACCAUCAUCAUUGCUGACGACAGUCUGACCACUGAACAUGUGCAGGGACCCCACAUUGAACAGUACUUCAUGCCCUUUGGCAAGGGCUGGUUUGCCGGCAGGAACCUGGCCAUCUCCCAGGUGACCACUAAAUAUGUCCUGUGGGUGGAUGACGAUUUCAUCUUCACACCCCGCACCAAAGUGGAGAAGCUGGUAGAUGUCCUUGAGAAGACUAGUUUGGACCUGGUGGGCGGAGCAGUGCGGGAGAUCAGCGGCUACACCACCACGUACCGUCAGCAGAUCAGCGUGCAGCCUGGUGGCGAGGACGGAGAUUGCCUGCGAACCCGCCAGGGCUACCACCACAUCAUCGAAGGCUUCCCGGACUGUGUGGUGACUGAUGGUGUGAUCAAUUUCUUCUUGGCGCGUACAGAGAAGGUGCUGCAGGUUGGCUUUGACCCUCGUCUCAGCCGUGUUGCCCACCUCGAAUUCUUCAUCGACGGCCUGGGUAUUCUGCACGUGGGCUCCUGCUCCAAUGUAGUAGUGGACCACGCCUCCAAGAUCAAGCUGCCCUGGCUAAAGACGGAGAGCGAGAAGCAGUAUGCCAAAUUCCGCUAUCCCAACUCCAGUGACAGCCUGAUCCUCAAGCAAAGCCUCUUCUACUUCAAGAACCGUUUCAAAUGCAUGACGGGCAACUAAUCUUCGUCGCUAGGGGCACUUAGCCCUGCCCCUGACCACUGGCUAAAUCCUUGGGCAAUCCGGCCUAGCAAUCUCAGGCAGCCUGCUCUGGCAACUGGCCACAGCCCUGGGCCAAUGGUCUUGCCUGUCAACUAGCCAAACCCCGCAGGCCUCAAGGAGGCUUCAGCAUCCUCAGGCCUGAAGAGUGAUUUGAGAAAUGGGACAACUGCUCCUACUUUUUUUUUCUUUAAAAAAAAGUAUUUUCUAGCAGGCUGGAGAGGCUUUACUAUUGCUUGUUUUGCGAUGGAGAUGCUGACGCAUUGGUUUUACUCCUUUUGCAUACAAAUUGGAGAAUCCUAGAUGGGGAAUGAUACUGGUGAACUUCACCGUGAAGCCCUGGGAGUUGAGUGUUUGUUUUUCUUCUUUCCUAGUUGGGAGUAAUCUUGUUUCUCAAUCAUUUCUGGGCUCCCUCAGCUUCCGCCACCCCACCCCACCACCCCACACACAUGUACCCUAUCAAAAACCUGCCAACAAUAUCCCAGCGUCCUCUGCUUCCAUUUAAUCUGAAUGAGGGGAACGUGAUCAGAAAGAGACAAUGCCUGAACUGUGGAGCUUCCUCUAGUGCCACAACGUUUUGUGCCAAGUCUUUGCAUGAGUGCGCCUCCCUUUUGCCAGAGUCUUCCCACCACCCACCCUCCAACUGGUGCCAUCCUGGAAGAUUUUGAAGUGCCAAAUAGUACAGUGAUGGAAAACUACCACGAGGGACAAGCCUUGAGGUCUGCCCUGCAAUGAAGUGACAGGAAGGCAGGGCAGGGCACAGUCCAACCACAAGGCAGUUCCAGGUUUGCCCUCUCCCCUGCAGCCAAAGCGGCCUGCGUGUUCACGGAGUGUGGCGGAGGUCAGGCCAGUUUCUUUUGUAAAUUGGCGGAUUUUUUUAUAUGCAGAAGCAGAAAGACUGUCCACCACAGACUGCAAUAUGGGUGGUUUUUUUUUUAAAUUUUAUUUAAACCAGAUCCAUUUGCCAGGGCUUUCCCCAUAUCCUCAAACUCUCCUUCCUUUGCCUUCUUGAUCCUAAUCCUGCAACGUUCUGCAUUUGCUGCUUUUCAUACAGCUGCUGUUUGUUAAAGGGAAUAAAUAUUUGUACACCGGG